CUGGAUGCUGCCUGUCAUUUCAUGCAGGAUAUGGACGUGGAUGCCUCUCCCUCUCUUCUCUCCUCGGCACAUUGGCUACAGCUGGCCGCUCUCAUGCCGGCCCAAUGAACCCCCAACCUCACGGCUCGUCUAGCAUACAAUGGAUUAACAGGAAAGACAUGAGUAUCCGUUCUGAGGACAGCAUAAGCCUGUGCCAGAGGGCUCUGCAGAUAGUUACAGAGCUCUGCCUCGCUGGUCAUGUUGACCGCGAGAAAUGCUCUGACAUAUUCCCGUUGGAGAGCACCAUACCAGGUAAAGGAAGUGCAGACAUCUCUGUCAGUCUCCUUGCUGUUGUCGUGGGUUUCUGUGGUCUCGCCCUGUUGGUAGUUUCUCUCUUUGUCUUUUGGAAGCUGUGCUGGCCCAUCUGGAGGAGCAAGGCCCUGUCAUCCCAUGUGGACAACCGUGGCCAGGGUGCACUCCCUGAAGCGCCUCCGCACAUGACCUCCUUGCCUCAGCCUCCCGCCGCCGAGACGAAGGUGGUGCUGGCAGGCAGGCAGCCAUCGCCGCAGCCGCCGCAGAAACAGCAUGACGAGGACGAGUGGAAGCGGAAAGUUCCAGAAGUGAAGGUCAACGGCCGGAGCUCGGUGAAGCUGCUCGAGGCGGCCAUGAAGAUCAGUCAGACCUCGCCGGACAUUCCAGCGGAGGUGCAACAGGCUCUGCACGAGCACCUGACCAAGCAGGCUAAGAUCCAGAGACAGACCACAGAGCCUACCUCCUCCUCCAGGCACAAUUCCUUCCGCCGUCAUCUUCCACGACAAAUGAAUGUGACUAGUGUUGACUUUAGUAUGGACACUCUGCCCAUGCGGCAGUCUUCAACCACAAGCAUUGGCCGGAUAAAGCCAGAGCUUUACAAGCAGAAGUCUGUGGACUCAGAAGAGGGCAACAAAGUGCCGGUGGAGACCUGCGGCAAGCUGAGCUUUGCCCUGCGCUACGACUACGAAGAACAGGCCUUGGAGGUGCGCAUCCUAAAAGCCUUGGAGUUACCAGCAAAGGACUUCACAGGAACCUCGGACCCAUACGUGAAGAUCUACCUGCUGCCCGAGCGCAAGAAGAAGUUUCAGACCCGCGUCCACCGCAAGAACCUGAACCCCGUGUUCGACGAGACCUUCCGCUUCCCAGUCGAGUACGACCAGCUGUGCAACCGAAAGCUCCACUUCAGUGUGUAUGACUUUGACCGUUUCACCAGUCACGACAUGAUCGGCGAAGUGGUGGUGGACAACCUCUUCGAGCUGUCAGACCUCUCCAGGGAGGCAGUGGUCUGGAAGGACAUUCUUGCUGCCACUACAGAAAGUGUGGACUUGGGAGAGAUUAUGUUCUCUCUCUGCUACCUACCCACAGCUGGCAGAGUGACCCUUACCGUCAUCAAGUGCCGGAACCUGAAAGCCAUGGACAUUACUGGCUCCUCGGACCCUUAUGUGAAAGUGUCCCUCAUAUGUGAUGGCCGAAGGCUAAAGAAGAGGAAGACCACAACCAAGAAGAGCACCCUCAAUCCAGUGUACAAUGAAGCCAUCAUCUUUGACAUCCCCCCUGAAAAUGUGGAGCAAGUCAGCUUGUCAAUCAUGGUGAUGGAUUAUGACCGAGUGGGCCACAAUGAAGUGAUUGGCGUGUGCCGAACGGGGCCUGACGCAGAGGGUCUGGGCCGUGACCACUGGAAUGAGAUGCUCGCUUACCCACGCAAGCCCAUCACACACUGGCAUGCCCUGGGAGAGGUACCGGAGAGUUCCUUUUUCCUGAAAUGGCCAGGAAGAGCGACGAGCUUUGAAAGUCAGGGCUCCUGUCCUUCUCCCAAGCCUCCUCAAACUCCAUAGGCUGUCUGACGUAAUCACUGAGAUCACCCAACUUGGUAGUUUGUGACUCACCGCUUGGCGCUGAGUCCACCCGGCUUAUGAUGAAGGAGCCGCUCGCUUUCUCACCUUUCUCAGAAAUCACCCUUUCAUUUGUCCAGAUGAGUCAUGACAUGUAAGGCUUUAUCCACCUUAUUCAGUGCUACCAAUUCUCAGAGGUUCACCAUUGUUUUUGUCUUCUGACUUCCCGUUGACGCAAUCACUUACACUGCAUGAGUCAGUGGUGGGCCAUGAGUCGGCUGGGUGACCAGCUCAUAAAAAGCAAAGUGCCGUCUCAAGGAAACAGACCCACAUUAACUAACGCAUACACACGUUAUAAGUGAAGCAAAGUCAUAAAACCUUGAGGCCCACUGGGAAAUUAUACUUGGAUGUGAAUGUGGUUGGAAAUACACUUGUCUUCUAGCAAGUUAUCAACUAAUAAGAAAUCAGUGUGUUUAUGGAAGAGUUUAUGGGAAGAUGUGGGUGUCAGACAAAGAGAUGUACAAACAGUUCAAACAAACAUUGCUAACCGGUUUAGAAACCGACUGUGGGAUAUAUAGGUGAUUUAUUGAGACACCGUUGUUAUCUGUGGCCUGUAAAUUGUCUACAUUUUGAAUUACAAAAUAUUAUGACUGAAACCAUAAAAGUGCUUACUUUCCAUGUUCAUUGUGCUAUGAGAGGUUUUACGAUGAUGGCAAUGUUACUGUCACUAGAAAGAAGGUGAAAACAACUGGUCGAUUGAGCACUCAUAAUAACCAUAUUAUAACACUUCAUAUAACACUUUCACAAAUGCAAAUAGCAAAUUUCAGUAAUUGUCAUCCUUUUAAAGUAAAUAUCUCAUUCACUCUGUGGGGGCAAAUCUGUUUGGCAUCACCAGCCAAUACAUCACUUAAAAGCACAUACUUUAACAGUUUGGUGUUUUUUGGCACUUCAGUUUGUACUCAUCUGAAGCAUUUCUGCACUGAAAGCAUUCUACUGACAUGAGGCUGAGGGCUUCACGUUAAUAUUACCAUGCACUGCUAGAGGAAGCAGGAGGCAACUCGCAGAUGGAUCCCUGAGAUCCAGAUUUCUCCCUCCAAAGAGGUCCUGGCAAAGCUUCAAGCUCGGAAGCACACAGCACUUUGUCAAUUGCUCUCAGCACACAAUAUCUCACAGCGACAUGACUAAUGACUAAGAUACAUUAAUAAGUGCACGAGAUGGUCGUAACCUUUUCGAUAGAAAAUGCUCAGGCUAGUGACUACAUAGACAGACCGAGGAACAUAUGUCUGCAUGUAGUAGCUUGCAAUCAGUCAGCACAGAGUCAGACAAAUAAGGUCUUUGGAAACCCAAUCAUGCCCAAAUAUAUUCAUCUGUUGUCGGAUAAGCAAAACCAACCUGAAAAACAUUGAUACUAUUACAAUAUCGAUAUGUGUGAUGUGCUUCCUGUCUGGUUCUUGUGCAGUUUUGUUGGUUGAUGGUGUAGCUUAUAUGAGCAUCCCUGAGAGAUAAUGUAUUGAUGGAUAUGGUGACCCAGUAUCACAAGUAUUUAAUCAGCAGUAAAGUUCUCUAUUUUGACUUGACCUGUUCAAAGCAAGUAAGAUAGAUCUAACACUAUACGUUUCAUCAAAUUUCCAGUGUUGCAUGCAGAGUAGUUUAAUAUAGACAUUUUUGAAAAUAGACAAAUGUAAUUCUUCUAGAGACAAUGGGUUGUGAUUAAGGUUAGAAACAAUUGAAGCAUUACUGUGUAUGACCAUUACUGCAUAUUGUAAUAUGCAUCAUCACAAAUAAAGCAGAAUUUAAAAUAUUAUUAAUUGCCAUAGAUUGGCAUUGUGACAGUAUUAAAGUAUUUCAGGAUGGUGUUUGAACUUAUGACAACUUUUAUAAGUUUCCUCAGAAAUGUUUCACUGGAUGAAUACUCAGGGUAUGUGUGCUGCCCCUGUAGCAAUUGGAGAGGACUCUCCUGGUAAGUGCAGAAUAAAUUACAACAUGUUAGUGCCAUUAUUUGAGAUGAAAUACUACAAUUUCAUUUUCAAAACAUUGUCUAGGCCCGUAAUGGAGUUCACACAGAGUGGUUACAAGGAGAGAUGUAGCCAGAAAAUGUAGCAAGACAUUUUUAUUCCCAUAACAGCCAAACCAUCUCUAUCACCCCUAACAGCAUAUUGCAGGCAUACGGCAUGUGAAAGGGUUACAUAAUGCUCUCUGGAAGUGUGAAUAUGCACUGGGGCGCGUGCUGUGUUAUGAUGCAGCUUUAUGUACACCAUUCAGUUUUAGUCAAUCAUUAGUCCAACUUUUUAAUGUGGAUUUAGACCAAUCAAAUAAGAAAUCCUGAUCCUAACACUUGAAAUGAGCAUGAAGUCAAAUAAGAAACCAAUUCGCCGCAGGAGUAGAAUGUGACUAACGUUGAUGGAAAUGAGUUUACCUGCAUAGCAUUUGUUGAGAUUUUAUUUCUCGUUUCGGUUACCCUGACAACCUCAAAUUUUACAAACCCACAGCUGUUCACAACUCCGCCCUUGAUCAGGAUGACUCCCAUUUAUUUUAGUGGGAUUUUCAUAAAUAUCCUUAAAAUAUGGCAAAUGAGUUGGCUGGAAACCUAACCAGCGAUAAAGUUACAUUUUUGUAAUAAUAAGGAAUGAGCAAACAACAGAGCCUCCCGUUCUCAUCCAAACAUAGGCUAAUUCUUUUGAGGGAGGCUGCAGAAUCUUGCAGUCUUUUAAUCAAUACCUAAAUCAAAUGGCUAUGUUACCACAUAACUUAUACAUUUCAUCACAUUAUUUAUUGUAAUUCAGCCAUGAUGACUGCAUUUCUCCACACGAUUGAUAUAUAUAUUGACAGCACACACACACACACACACAAUCUAUCUCAAGUCUCCAGGAACCAAUAGAGCAUUAAAUAAAUGAAUAAAUAAAACAUUUCCAAGGUUGCAAUAUUGAAAAAUACAACAAUAUUUUUAGAUAUUGAAAUAGCGCCUGGGUUGGGAAACUGUUUACAUUUUGUUUACAAUAAUAUAUAAGAGGACUAUGUAUCAAAAUAUGUGCCAAUCUCACCAAGCUGAUUUAAUAUUCGCUUUAUCAGAACCAUCUCCUUUUCAUUUGUGAAGCCAUAUGGUCCACUACGACGAGUUAACAGAAUCAUUUUCACUUUUAAAUGAGUGUGAGUAAUAAGGACAACUCAAACUGUGGCAAUUACUCAAAGGCUGUGAACUGUUACCUUUUAUUUGCACAUUUAAAAAAAUGCUUCGAUUCUCGUUCUGAACCCUUAUUAGAGCAAAAUUGACUAUUUAUUCUUGUAGCAUGCACAUUGUAGAAUAGGUCAAUAUUCCAAAACUGAAAAAAGACCAGUGUCCUAAAUUACAUGCUAUUUUGUAUGGUGAACCAUUGUGUUUGUAUUGUAUAUAAUAUACUCUAUUUAUGCCAACGUGUGUAAAUAUUUGAAAAUGAACCAUCUGAUAUGGAUGUACAAGUUUGUCUUUUUAUGAAUCAUGUGGUGGACGUGUGACUUGUGAUCUUUGGGUAAAUUGAUAUGCAAUUUGCAUUUAUGGUGAAACAUCUGUUGUCAGACUGUAAGUGUAUAAGCAGUAUUAUCACUCUUAGAAGCAGCUAGGGCUCUAAAUUUGUUCUAGUAAUUUAAAUUUUCAGAUUUAUCGCUCAACUAUAUCAUUCAUCAUGCUAUUAAGUUUACAUGGAAAUGAAAAAGAAACUAGGUUAAAUCAUUUUCUAUUUUCUAAUAGUUUUUUUCCCAGAAAGUGAUUAAAUAUUGAUUAGCCACUAUACAACACAGCUUAUCUAAUUUUACAUUUCAGCCACUGUAUAUUAGUUGUACCACUGGUUCAAAUUCAAAGCCCCCUGUGUUGACGCUUGAACAUGCUUUUAAGUGACAUAGUAGUGUGCAAACUUGCUGCAUAUUGGGGAACAAGAGCAAUCGCAAAUAUUUGUCAUGAAGUGUACAGUUUGUGAUAAUUUUUGUAACAAUUUGCAGUAAAAAAAGAGAAAUGGAUAAUUUUAUGGUCGUGUUUCCUAUGUAUUUUAAUUAAAUAAACUUGUCUUACUGAA